AUGGCUUCCACCGUUGAACUGGCAUCCUCUUUCAUCGAGGGUGCCCCGCCCGGAGAGCUUUCAGAUGUCGUCGCUGAUGUGCAAGCCCUGACCUCCGAGGGUGAUGAUAUUGUUUCUUCCCUUUUGCCCGCAUUCAAGCGAUACAACGAAACUCAGCUUGCGACAGUGAAGUUGCCGGGAUCAAGCCAGGAGGUCAUCCUUAGUGAAUUCAACGCGCUGGAGGAUAAUCGCUACUUCGAUCCCGAGAGCCAAACCUCAUUCGAGGUCGACCAUACCACACAGACUGCCUCCGGGGCACAAUCAUACCACCUCGAAUCUGAGAAUGCAGACUUGAUCAAGUCUCUACUUAAAUCGUUUGGUGUUCACGCUCGCGAACACUACCCCAACUGCUCUUAUGGUGUCUACCCCAUUGAAAACGAUUCCGCCUUAGCUAUCCUCUUGGUCGCUAACCGAUACUCCCCUAACAACUUCUGGAACGGCCGUUUCCGCGCAAUUUACCAACUUCCCGUCUCCUCCUCAUCUUCUACCCUAACUGGCAAAAUCCAGGUCGAUGUGCACUACUAUGAAGAUGGCAAUGUAGCACUCAACACCACCAAGCCCAUCAGCAUUAACAUUCCUUCCAUUUCUGCCGAAUCAAUUGUCUCUAAGAUUGCGGCGACCGAGCGCGAUUACCAGGAAGCCCUAAACAGAGCCUUUGUCCAAACAGCUGAGGGCGCAUUCAAGGGUCUCCGCAGACAACUCCCCAUCACCCGUCAAAAGGUGGAGUGGGAGAAGGUCGGUGGAUACCGCCUGGGUCAGGAUAUCUCGGGCGGCAAAGGGCGAUAG